CUUACGUCAUCUCUCUGCGACGCCGCGGGGCCGCGUGGAUCAUGGAUGGGGAGAACGGGGGGACCCCGGGAUCGGGACCGGGACCGGGAGCCACCCCCGAGGGGCCCGGCGGGGCCGCCUCGGCUCCGGCCGCGGCUCGGCGGCGGCGGAAAGGCGUCAAGAAGCGGCAGGAGGCGGUGGUGGCCAUCCCGCGGGGCAAGCCCAAGUCGGGACGGGUGUGGAAGGAUCCCGGGAAGAAGAGGUUCUCCCACAUGAUCCAGGACAAGGCGCUCCGCAGCUCCUGGGCACGGAAGAUGAAGGAGAGGCAGGAGAGGAAGCUGGUCCGGGAUCUGGCACGGCAGCUGGAGGAAGCCAAGCAGAGGGAGAAAGAGGAAAAGAAGCGGCGGCGGGAGGAAAACCUGAAGCGGCGCCUGGAAAACGAGCGGAAAGCCGAGAUUGUCCAAGUGAUCCGGAACCCCCUGAAGCUCAAGAGGGCCAAGAAGAAGCAGCUGAGGCGGGUGGAAAAGCGGGAUACACUGGCCCUGCUCCAGAAGACUCCCGUGAAGCGCAGCACAGCCACGGAAUGAGGCAGGAUUUGGGAUACUGCCACCAGGAUCCUGCUCCUUCCCAGGGCUUUUUCCUCAGCUUGCCAGGCAGGAAUGGCUGGCAGGACCCUCAGUGUUGGACAAGCAACAGGACAGAGCUGAGGGGGUGUAUUCCACAGGCAUUCCUGCUGCUGGAUCCCCCAGUCCCUGUGGAAUCAGGAUGUGGCUGGUGCCAGAGGCUGGAACAGAACUUUGCUUUCCCAAAUUUGCCUUUUCCUUAUAAAAAUUAAUAGAAACUGA